AGAAGGCAUGAAACCCGAUCCACAAAAGGUCGAAGCAAUAAAGAAUGCCAACCCACCACAGAGCGCAAGUGAAGUGAAAUCCUUCCUUGGAAUGGCUCAAUAUGUUUCCAGAUACAUACAGAACUACGCUGACAUCACAGCGCCUCUACGCAAUCUUACAAAGCAAGAGAUAGCCUGGAAAUGGGGAGAUGAAGAGCAACAAGCCCUCGACAAGAUCAAACUAGCCCUCACUGGCAACGAAGUAAUGUCCUACUUUGACCCUGACAAGAAAACCGAAGUCAUCGUCGAUGCAAGCCCUAUCGGACUCGGAGCUAUCCUGCUACAGGAGGACAAAGUUAUCAGCUACGCAAGUAGAACACUGAGUGAUCCCGAGACACGAUACUCUCAAACUGAAAGAGAAAUGCUUGCUGCAGUCUGGGGAUUAGAGAAAUUCCAUCUAUACGUGUAUGGUUCAACAUUCGACAUCGUCACCGACCAUAAACCUCUACUAGGCAUAUUCCCAAGCCAUAAAGCAGCCUCAGCUCGAAUUGAAAGAUGGAAACUUCGACUUGCUCCAUACAAUUGUAAUCUUGUUUACAGACCAGGGAGAGACGACAAGAAUCCCGCUGACUUCCUAAGCAGGCACCCAAACACGAAGGAGCCGGAUGAUGACCAUAUCGCAGAAGAUUAUGUCAAUUACGUUUGCAGAAACGCCAUUCCAAAGGCAAUGACAUUACAAGAAGUCAAAGUAGAGACCAAGAUAGACACAACCAUGCAGGCUUUGGCUCGAGCCAUAGAAAACGAAAACUGGUCAGAUCCUGCAGUACAAGAGUACAAAAAUCUCAAGGAAGAACUGUCCAUUUACAACGGAAUCAUUCUCAGAGGAAACAGAAUUGUGRUCCCAAGCUCACUUCAAGCAAAAGCAGUUGAUCUCGCACAUAUCGGACAUCAAGGGAUCGUCAAGACUAAAGGACUGAUACGAGAAAAGGUAUGGUUCCCAGGAAUUGAUAGAAUGGUUGAGACCAAAGUAAGAAACUGUCUAGCCUGUCAAGCUACAACAAAAGGAAAGGUAACACCGGAGCCAACCAGGCCAACAAAACUACCAAGAGCACCUUGGAAAGAGGUCGCAAUCGACUUUUGCGGACCAUUCCCUUCAGGAGAAUAUCUAAUGGUAGCCAUAGAUGAGUACAGUCGCUUCCCGGAAGUUGAAAUACUGACAUCUACCUCAGCAAGAGUAGUUAUUCCCAAGCUUGAUGCAGUUUUUUCCAGACAAGGAAUUCCGGAUGUUGUCAAAAGUGAUAACGGCCCUCCAUUUAACGGCGCAGAGUUUAAAGCCUAUGCAGAAAACUCUGGAUUCCAUCACAGAAAAGUCACACCCUGCUGGCCAAGAGCUAAUGGAGAAGCUGAACGAUUUAUGAAAACACUUGAGAAGUGCAUCAGAUCUGCUCAUGUAGAGAGAAAGAAUUGGAAACAGSAGAUGUACAGAUUUCUUCGUCAAUACCGAGCUACGCCGCACUCUUCAACCUACACCUCACCUAGUGAAGCGCUCAAUCAGAGAAAGCUAAGGACUGAACUUCCUCAAAUUACAUCAACGAUCAUGCCAACAAGCAAGCUACAACAGAAGGAUGCACAAUCCAAAUUCAAGAUGACUGAGUACGCAGAUAAAAGAACACAYGCAAAGGAGAAUGCUGUAAAGCCGGGAGACACAGUGCUAGUACGCCAACCCAAACGAAACAAGUUGAGCACACCUUACAACCCAACACCGUUCAUCGUGGAAGAAAGAAAAGGGACGAUGAUAACGGCAUCCAACGACAACAAAUCAAUAACAAGAAACUCAUCACAGUUCAAAUUAAUACCAAGUCAUCUUGCACAGUACCAGCCCAAUGACGAAGACGACGACUCCAUCACUGGAUCACCGGAAAUGACGCAGCAAGAAGAUAGCGCCCCUACGAGACCACCAACACCUGUGCAGAGACGUUCCAGCAGUCGUCAAGUGAGACCACCUGUCAGAUUCUCAGACUAUAUCGUCUACAAGUGAACUCUAAGUGAACUCUAAGUGAAUAUUAAGCACUGAGACGACGCAAGAACAUUGUUGACAUUUAUUACUAAUUACUAACGAAACACGUUCAUGGGGAUGAUUAGUUGUUUAAUUCAGAGAGCAUUGAUUUAAGAGGAUGUAAGCUUUUUCCACGUAGAGAGGGAUGUAAUGUAGUUACGUCACUGAUUAUAAGUUAUGAUUAUGUAUGUACAUAAAUUAAGGACAUAAAUAAAUGCACGAGGAGAUACAACA